AUGCUUUCAGAUAAAGAUUUGGCAUUGGCAAUUUUCAUCGUUCGAGCCGCAAAAACUCACCACAUUCCGCCCCACGAUUAUGCUCGUGUUAUCAUAGAUUUACAUCAUUAUCGCCAAUACAGUGAUGACAUCAUCUUACGUAGAAUCACUCCAGCAAAAACCCACAUUUUUCUAGGCGCCUACUUGAGAUUGUCACGAUAUGUAUUUCUCGAUUUGAACCCGGAAUUGUGCUUUACCAGCUUGCCACAAACGAUUUUUCACCGAUUUAAAAUGACAGGUCUAUUUUUGAACUGGAUGCGAAUCGUUGACAGUUUGGAAUACUCGCUAGCCGCUUCUUGUAUUCUGGAAUCCCACCAACAACGUGCCCACAUUUUAAACAUGUACUCGUUGUCAUUGUCAAAAAUCACCAACCAAAACCACUUGGAACGAGUGGUUCGUCGAAUGCAUCAACGCUCAUUGACCGGAAUUCUCCGACUUUCAAUCUUUAGCCAUACCAAAGUUUUCUCCGAGAACUCUCGUGUCACGAAGCAAGCAUUGCAAACGCUUGCCCGGAAACAAAAGAAUACUCGUCUUGAAAAAAAACUUUGGACUUUGGCACCAUUUCUUGGUCAAAACAAACCUUUUAAAUUAAGUGAUUGGACCCAUUUGAUCCCCAAAAUCUACUCAGAACAAGCCAUGUUGCAGUUCUUGCGGGUAUUAAUCCUAUCAUCAGAAGUAAAUCCGGUCCCAAUUGACCAUAAAAGUGCUAUAUUGUGUGUUUUGCUUGUCUCAAAUAACCCAAACUUCAUUCAAGAAGCUUACGGCUUGAUGAAUUCGAUUGCUUUUUUGGAAAAAACGUAA